AACGUAAUUUACGGGGCUCAUCAGGCUAGGUUGCAUCGAGCCUGCAUUACUGGGGUCCAUAGAAAUCUUGACAGUUUCACAGGUGAGAGAGACGUCGUGGGUUAAGCUGCUAGCUCCGGGGUUGUUUUACUUUCUCUUUCAGUUCACCGGUCCUACCAUACGCUUCGAGUCUGGGGUUGCCACAGUCAAAAAACACGAACUCCAAGUCCUAUCACCACGGCACAAUGAGCAGAAAGAAAAAGGACUGGAAGACAGAGAAAGACAGAGUGUUGAAUAUGUCAUUGGAGGAGAGGCGUAAGGAGUACCGUCGGUCUGAAUAUGUACCUCUGGACCAAAUCAACACCUGGAAGCAGUCUCAGAGUACAGAAGUGACAGAGGAAGAGGAAGGGAAGGACCUUCUGAGAGACAAAGUAUCUCUCUACAAGGGUGACAUCACCAUCCUCGAGGUCGAUGCCAUAGUUAACGCAGCUAACUCCAGUCUUCUGGGAGGCGGUGGAGUUGACGGCUGCAUACACAAAGCGGCAGGCUCCUGUCUGUAUGAAGAAUGCAUCACACUCAACGGCUGUGAAACCGGCAACGCCAAGAUCACCUGUGGCUACGACCUACCGGCUAAAUAUGUGAUCCACACUGUGGGCCCUGUGGCCAGGGGACAUGUGGGUGAAACUGAGACCAAGGACCUGACAGCCUGCUACCAGAACUCACUGGAGCUGGUCAAAGGGUUCGGACUGCGCUCUGUGGCCUUCCCAUGUAUAUCCACAGGAAUCUACGGUUUCCCCAACGAGCCCGCAGCAAAUAUUGCCUUGGAGACAGUGAAGAGCUGGGUCAAGGAGAACCAUGACAAGAUCGAACGUGUUAUCUUCUGUGUCUUCCUGGAGGCGGACUACAGGAUCUACAAGGAAAAAAUCCUUCAAGUCUUCCAAGAUAACGAUGUGACUACAGAAGAGGACACUGAGGAUGGACAGAAGGCAGGAGCAGGCACGUCCCCUUCUAAGGAAUCCAGAAGCAAGAAUCAGAGUGAAGACCGCCAUGAUGACGAUGAGCUAGAUCCACCUAAAGAAGACGCUGACAACCAUACAGCCAUGGAGCAAGAUACCCAGGACUCACAGACAGGAGAAGCAGAGGAAAAGAAAGCUGACGAGAAGAAUGAAAAUAAAGAAAUGGAAGAUGCUACUGGAGAAGCAGAGGAAAAGAAAGCUGACGAGAAGAGUGAAAAUACAGAAAUGGAGAAGGAUGCUACUGAGAAAGAUACAGAAAAAGAAAAGGAUAUGGAGAAAGAGAAGGAGAAGGAGAUAGAGAAAGAGAUGGAGACAGACACCAGCGCUAGUGAACAAAUAAAUGCUAAAGUCGAGAGCUUGGAAGGAUCUGACCCAACUGAAACCGACAGCUCUCCGUCCAAAGAUCCUGUAGAUAAGAAGGAAUGAACAGCAGGAGGAGGGACAAUCAACCAGCCAACUGUGAAGAAAGAAAGGGCCACCACAUCAGUACCUGUGCCCGUAUGCCCUCUUAAACUGGGGGACCGGAGGCACAAGAACGAGUCAUUCACCAUGACAUAACUCAUUCCCCUAUUUUACAUGACUUUUUAAUUACUUUUUGAAUCUUUAUUAUAAUGAAAUGAUGUCAUCUGUCAUCAAUGAAAUCCAUCAUCAAUCAAUCUUUAUCUCAGAAUCUGUCAUUCAUUAAAUGAUUCAUCGAUCAAAUUUGAAUAUGGAUGUAAAAAAAAGAAACGUGAUAGAGGACUGUAACAUAUCAAACGGAUGCGAUACCUGGCAGUCUGUUAGAUCUAACUACUACUACUACUACUCCUACUGCUGCUCCUGCUACUACUACUACUACUACUCAUAUUCCAGCUCCUGCUACUACUUCUACUCCUGCUACUACUCCUAUUCCUGCUCCUGCUACUACUACUACCACUACUCCUCCUCCUAUUCCUAUUCCUACUACUACUACUCAUAUUCCUACUCCUUCUACUACUCCUACUACUACUCCUAUUCCUACUACUACUCCUAUUCCUUCUACUACUACUACUACUACUAUUCCUACUACUCCUACUUCUAUUCCUACUACUCCUCCUCCUAUUCCUACUCCUACUACUACUCCUACUACUACUCCUCCUCCUAUUCCUACUCCUACUACUACUCCUACUACUACUACAACUCCUAUUCCUACUACUACUACUACCACUACUACUACAGUACUACUACUACUACUACUAGCCAUGCCCAUAUUAGCCAUAUAGUGCCAGAGGAAUAAACCUUCUGUUGGAAAGAGUCUAACCUUCCAUUAUAGAGGCAUAUAUUGAGAAUAUUAAUAAUAUCCUAAAUAUAAUAUCUCUGUUCCAUUCCAUCUAGAACAUUGUGGGAGCGUUCCAUCUAACCUUACAUUCCAUCUAGAACAUUGUGGGAGCGUUCCAUCUAACCUUAAAUUCCAUCUAGAACAUUGUGGGAGCGUUCCAUCUAACCUUAAAUUCCAUCUAGAACAUUGUGGGAGCGUUCCAUCUAACCUUAAAUUCCAUCUAGAGUCUAGAACAUUCUGGGAGCAUGGGACUGUAAAAAUAUCAGAACGCCACAUUCACCAACCCCAAAUAGCUGCACCAGCUCCAGUUUGCAGACGUUAACAUUACAGGUUGGGGGUUCCGUAUACCACCACCAUCCUCUGUUUCUAACAAGCACCAUAGAACCGACACAGCAUCUUGUCUGUCUGUCUGUCUAUCACUAGCUUUGACAGUCUGACAUUCAGCAGUGGAAAACAAGACGGAACAUGACAUCUUCUAGCAUUUACUAUGCUUCUGUUGAUUGCUGCGUGUAUGACUGACAUGGUCUUUGAAAAUAUCUUUGACAUAGAGGAGGCACAUUGCAACAUCAUGGACUCACACACAGGAGUACAUCACAGCAUUAUACCAAGUUCAGAGUGUCUGCCAUAUCUUCUUGUCACACAUUUCUUGCUGUUUCAGCACCGAUAGCUAGUCAUGAUUAGGGUUGCAAAGGUAGGGUAUAUUACUGGAAACUUUCUACGUUUACCAGUAAACUACUAGGAUGUUGGUAUCUUUCAAGGAUUUUAUGUAAUCUAUCACAAGACUUCUAGUGCCCCUUUCUAGUGAACCUUUCUAGUGGCCCUACUUUAGAUUAUUACCGAUGUCUAAUUACCUCUGGUCUUAUCACAUGUCAAAUAUUUGACAUAACUAAAUAAGGUGAUUAAAAAAAUAUGACAAAGCUGUAAAACAAAUAUAAACCACAAAGAUGAAUACCAUUGGUUUAAAAAUAAGUAAAUAAAUUGACUCAGUGUAAUUCUUUUUACUUUGUCAAUAUAUAUAUGGUGUCAAUGUUUUUGCGUUAAACUGGUGACAGUUGUGAAGAAAAGUGAAUAGUUGGAAGAGCUGCAGAGUUAAUUGAAAAUAAUGCCAUUGUUCAUUAGAUGCUUUUUUCAUUAAUCAGGCUUUUUUGUCUUGAACCAUAUGGUCUAUCUACUAGAAACUCAUGGACAAUAUGGACACAGAUAUAACAAUAAAUACUAUAUAUCAAUUUAUAUAUACUUUUAUUUAUAUAUACAUAUAUAUAUUAAAGUUAUUCAAGUAUAAAGUACCAAAGUUAAGAUAAAUUGCCAUACAUUUUCUGUUAAUUACCCAAAUUACUGAAGAUUCUGAUAACUUUGGUAAAUUACAGGUAGCUUUGCAACCCUAGUCUUGAUGUCAGCUACUAAUACCUUGACACACGCACUCACACACACAGAGGCAGACACACACACACACUUCAAAAGAAUUUCAUCUCCAUCACUCAGCCCUAACAGCUUUGCUUUCAUCAGUGAGAUAAUGCUUGAUCAUGUCUGAUGUUAACAUACACACAGAGAGAGAGAGAGAGAGAGAGAGAGAGAGAGACACACACAUACACACACACAAGCUCUGACAAUGUCUGAUGUUCAGAGAGCAGCAUCUGUAGCUGCAGACAAAGUCUGUAUCCAAAAUGACACCCCCUUCCCUAUAAAGUGCAGUACUUUUCACUAGAGCCAUAUGAGCCCUGGUCAAAAGUAGUGCACUGUAUAGGGAAGGGGGUGCCACUUGAGACAUAGACAAGCUCAUUAAAGAGCUCCUUAUCAGCACCAACAAGCACUUUGAACUACAGGAUGUCUGGUGUCUUUUAAUCUUUCAACAGAUUGAUUAUGGUUCCUUCCUCUGUCGUUUCGUUCCAAUGCAUGCCAGAAUCGCUUAGAACUUCACAAACAUGGGUUGUGUCCUGAAUGGCACCGUAUUCCUUAAAUAGUUAACUCUAUGGGCUCCGGUCAAAAGUAGUGCAUUAUAUAGGGAAUAGGGUGCCAUUUGGGAUGGAAUCCUAAAACAGUCAGCCAUUUUAAUAGUCCUCUCUCUCUCUUUUCUCUACUUAUCGUCUUUUAACUAGUCUGUCAAUAAUUGUAUCAAAUGAGUUUGCCUUAUUUCACAUUGUCAAACGUCUUCUUCAUUAUCUGUUUCUAACAGAGACUUGGGUGUAUCGCUUGCAGAUUAUUUGUAAUUUUGAGUAUUUACCUACUGUAACGUGAUGGCUGAUAUGUUUUGUUCUAUUGAUUCACUCUGUUACUCUCUGGGUUUCGGAAAAUUGAGCCAAAAGCAUUUAAUUUUGUUUUCCGAUGUUGUUAUCAAUUAUACAUCCACAAAUGAUUCAUUUUUAGUGGUUCCAUGCUAUACAGUACAUCCAAUGAAUAACAGUAAAGUACAGUACAAUGAAACUAUAAAUUACCAUGUGAAUUGGAGUACAGUACUAUUAUGAAUGAAAAUGAUGCCUUCAUAAUUUGGUGUUUUGCUUUGCUUAACAAUAAUGAGAUGAACUAAUAAAGUUUAAAGGGGGAUGGUCA